AUGUCGAAAAAAUUCGGUACAAAUACAAAAUCAGCUGAAGCUCGUGCACGAAAAGAUGCUGUAAAACAAUCUAAUGAAAGAGAAAAACAGCAGCGUUUAGAAGAUGAAUAUUGGCAUGAGGAUGAUAAACUAGUUCAAAAAAAGCUACAAAGAAAGGAUGAACGGGAAAAUAAAGAACAUGAAAAAUUACAACGUAAACAAGAAAUUCAAAAACUUCUCGAACAAGAAGAAGCAGCACUAACUGCGUCAAAAGCGAAAAAGCCUGUUGAUUUAGCACCAAAAAAAGUAACACAAGCACAAAUUCAACAACAACAAACUACAGGUGGUGCUGCAGCCGCGCCUACUGGUACUAAUGUAAAACAGAAACCUAUAAAUGACGAAGAAACACCUAUCGAAGAAAAUAUAAAUCGCCUACAGAUCGAUGGUAGUACAGCUCGAAAUAUCAAUGAAGCUCUUCAUGUUUUAUCAUCAUCACAAAUUUUACUUGAUAGUCAUCCUGAAAAACGUAUGAAAGCAGCAUUUGAUGCAUACGAAAAAGAAAAUCUCCCUAAACUAAAACAAGAACAUCCAACAUUACGUAUGUCACAAUUAAAACAAUUAUUGAAAAAAGAAUGGAUGAAAUCGCCUGACAAUCCAUUUAAUAAACCUACAAAAGCAUAUAAUCAAGGAAGUGUUUUACCACAAAAUGUACCAGCUAAUGUAGAAGAUUCUGAUCAUGAUGAAGAUUAA